ACUUGCAACAUUUGGAAAAAUAAACACUCGGCCAUUGAAAAAAAAAUGUAAAUUUACUCCCCACCUCGCCACCUGUGAUAACACUGCGCAAACUUUUCAUUUCUAAAUAGUAGAACAGUUUCCAAUAUGAAAAAAAAUCUCACUUUCUGUUUUCUGUUUACCAAGAGUUGAAUAAUUUAUGAACCGUAAUCUAUAAGGAUCAAUCAACAUGCUUAUCAAAACUGAAUGUCAUUCUCUAUUUAUAGACUACUACUAAUUCACAGUCUUCUAUGCUGACAGCGAGACGUCUAUAAUAUUGUACAUAUAACAUGAAACCAACAUCAUUGAUUUUAUUUUAUAUUUUCAGUACAUGCCUUUCAUUAAGAACAAUUAAUCUGGGAAAAAAGAAAUGGAUUGUUUCGAAUGCAAACCGCAGUAUUCUAGUUCCUGUGAAAGUCCCCGGUGGGAUAUAUUCAGACUUAAUUAAUGCCAACGUACUGAAAGAGUAUGUUUACCAUAAGGGCAAUGAUAUCAAUUAUCGUUGGGUCGGGAAGACAAUGUGGAUCUACUCAACUACAUUUCCCAUGAAAGCUGCCAACUUAAUGCACAAAUCCAUCAACAUUACAUUUGAGGGUGUUGACACAGUCGCUUUAGUUUACCUCAACAAAAAACUGGUUGGGAAGUGUGACAACAUGUUCAUUAGAUAUAGUUUUGACAUAAAACAUGCCAUCCAAACUGGUAAAAAUUCAUUAGAAGUACACUUUUUACCUCCUAUAGAAGAAGCUAAGAGGCGUUCUAAAAAUAUUCCGUACAAAAUUGUUCCGGAAUGUCCGCCAUCUUCUUACCAUGGAGAAUGUCAUAUUAAUCAACUGAGGAAAAUGCAAGCGUCAUUUUCUUGGGACUGGGGUCCAGCAUUCCCUUCAGUUGGUAUAUGGAAACCUGUAUACAUUGAGUUAAACGAAGGAAAGCUCUUGCGUUCAGUGGGAACUUUUAUAACUGAAAGCCCUAUGAAUUGGAGAGUAACGAUAAGGUUCUGGUUUGAUGGUGACUAUCAAGUAACUGGGGAUUUAUCUGCGAAAUUGGACAUUAUGCCAGGAGUCAGCUAUAUCAUCCAAAAGUUCAACGUAUCAGUAGGAACGGAAGAGCGACUAGUUCUGUCAGUGCCAAAGAACCAAGUCAAAGUUUGGUGGCCCAACGGCCUUGGAAAGCAGCCUCUCUAUAAACUAAAGGCAAAUUUCACAUCAAACAGUGCUACAAUUACAAAAUCAAUAAAAAUAGCAUUUAGAACUGUUGAAUUGUCACAAGAACCAGUUUCAAUGGACUUGUCUAAAGGAGAAGUGUUUUAUUUCAAAGUGAAUGGAGUCCCUAUAUUUGCCAAAGGAAGCAAUUGGAUCCCUUCUCAUGUACUGCCUGAAAACUUGGAAAACAAAAAGAAAAUUUACUCGCUUCUUAAAUCAUCUGUUGAUGCAAAUUUUAAUAUGCUGAGAGUUUGGGGUGGGGGAAUUUAUGAAUCAGACUAUUUUUACAGUGUAUGUGAUCAACUGGGGAUUAUGAUAUGGCAAGAUCUAAUGUUUGCAUGCAGUAUGUACCCAUCGACUGACGAUUUCUUAAACAGUGUCAAAACUGAAGUAGAACAGAAUAUGCAAAGGCUGCAACAUCACGUUAGCAUAGUUCUUAUCGCUGGAAACAAUGAAAAUGAAGCUGCGCUCAGACAGGACUGGUAUGGGACAGGUUCAUCAUUUAAAAAAUACAAGGAUGACUACAUUACCCUUUAUGUCGAUUCAAUCAAACCAAUCAUUGAGCAAAUCAACCCACAGGUGACUUAUCUAACAUCUAGCCCUUCGAAUGGCCUUGAAACAGAAAGAGAAGGAUACGUUGCUCGAAAUCCUCAGAACAACCUGUAUGGCGAUGUCCAUUUCUACAACUAUUAUACAAAUUUAUGGCUUGCGGACGUCUUUCCGCACCCUAGGUUCUCGUCAGAGUACGGUUUACAGUCCCUGCCUGCUAUGAGUACGCUUAAGAAAGUCUUUGAUAAAGAAGACUUAAUGUGGGGGUCGAAUGCACUCAAUGAAAGGCAGCAUUUGCCAGUUGGGAAUGACAUUCUUCAAUUACAGAUUGAUCAAAAUCUGCCAAAGGCUUUCAACCUGUCCGAUGUCAUAUAUUUAUCACAAAUCAAUCAAGCAAUGGCAAUGAAGACAGAAACUGAGCUUUACAGGAGUCUUAGAAGUGUACUAGAACCUACAGGGGCAGGGCUUACGAUGGGCGCACUUUAUUGGCAAUUGAAUGAUAUUUGGGAAGCACCUUCCUGGUCAUCUAUUGAUUUUUAUGGAAACUGGAAGAUGUUGCAUUAUUACACAAGAGACUUCUUCUCCAAUGUCAUCAUCAGUCCAGCAAGAACAGCAGCUGAUAAUCUUGUAGUUAGUGUGGUAUCUGAUCUCACUCAUCAACUGAAUGGAACUCUUAAAAUCUAUGUCUACAAUUGGGAUGCAUUUGAGCCGAAAAAUAUAAUUAAAAUGCCAAUUCAGAUAGAUGGAGGAAUGUCAGUGAAAGUGUUGGACAAAUUUCUGUUGGACAUCUUGGGUGACUAUGACAAUUUCAGCAAUAGCUUUCUCAUUUUUAAAAUGGACGUGAUUCCAUUUGUUUCUGUCCCGGACAAUUUCCUUUUCCCCGUGCCACCGAAAAAUUCAAAUUUUCCAGACGCCACUGUUACCAUUAAAAGCAUUUAUAAAACAACAGACAACACCGCAGAGAUUACACUCCAGACAGACAAAAUUGCCCUUUUUGUGUGGUUGGAGUCAACCGAUGAGAAGGUGAAUUUUCAUUUCUCCAAAAAUGGUUUCCACAUGUUACUUCCUGAAACUGUCAUUACCGUUAUGUCAAUGGAAGCACGGAUCGAGGAAGAAGCACUAUUUGAGCAAAUUUCUGUUAGAAACCUUAAACCAACUUAUUCGUGAUGUUGUUUUAUACAUUCUAUACAAGGAAUUCAUGUUCAAAUCAACUGAUACAUAUUAUUUCAGCAUGAUAUAUAUUACAAACAAAUAACACUAGCACAGUUCAACUAUAAAUUUCAACGCUUGAAAGACUAAAACGGCUAAAAAUAAUCAAUACAAUUCUUUAAAUAAAUUAUUCAUGCUAUAAGAGAGACAGACCAUAAUCAUUGCAAAAUUAUAUUUACUUUCAUGAAAUAUCAUUAACAAUAUUAUGGUUUCUAUAUUAUUUAAUUGGUUUUAACAAAGAAUACUAAGAUCCUAACUUAGUGUAAUUUUUAUUAUGUUCAUAUUUUAAAUAUAAUAAAAGAUUUAUAUUUGCAAGAUAAAAA